AUGGAAAUGGAUACCGCACGAUACGACCCCAUGGACGCACAACGUUUCGAUCCGCUGCUGCGCACCAGCGCAAGACCCAACUCGCUUUCUAAAACCGGCACUCAAAAAUCGACGAUGGGGCAGGGCCUUUGCGUCAGAACUCGACCAUGUGUGCUGUUCCCCGUACGUGCGAGCGUAGGUGGUGUGUGGCCGGACCAUGAGGUUGUGGUCGUCCCUCUUGAGGGGGGAGAUGCAUAUUCGGAGGCUUCGCGCUCAUCCACACCAAGUUCUUCUUCUGCUUCUACUACAUACACGACUGCGUCUUCUUCUAUGCCUGAUGUACCUCCAUCGCACACUCCACAAGUCGAUGUUUACGAGAGGGAUGACGUCGUAGUCACACGCACCAUCAUCCGCCCCAACACCACUCCCAAUCUUCAUCAUAAUCCAAGUAGUAUGCCAUCUAGAGCGCAGAUGAGGCUUCCACGGAUGUUCUCACGUUCGCCAUCUCCCACAGCCUCUCCAUCUUCUUCGUUAUCUGUAUUACCUUGGUCCAAUCCCCCUUCGCACCCUACGAGCCCAGUGCUCCAAGCGCUUAACUGUUUUAGCACAUCCUCGACUUUUGAGAGGGAUGAGGAUAAUGUGCAUAUUGCCGAGAGCCCCAGGCCUGUAUUACAGGUUAUUGUUACGCAGACGAGGGACAGGUACGAGGACGAUAGGGCGUUUAAGGAGAUUGUGGGGAGUGUUUAUCCGGGACCCGUCACUGCUGCUGUUGGGAGCGGUGCUUGA